AUGGUUUGCCAUGGAUUUAUAGAGAAACCAAACCAGAGAUCACAUGGAUGUCAUAAACAUGGAAGGAGGAACCUGCAUCAACGUCAACAAUCCAGAUGUUCGGCUAUUGCUGUUGCAGCAGCCCUCAACAUGUCAAUCUUCACAUUCCACAACCGCCUCUUGCGUUGCGUCUCCAGGCUUUUCCGUCUAUCCACCAAAGGUAGCGCAACUCCUAGCCGCCGAGCCAUCAUGAAACAAGGCUACAAAAAGAUCAAGAAACACGAUCAUCAUCAUCAGCCCCUUCUGAGAAAACGCCAUGACAAGAAGAGGACGAUCUUUCUUGAUCUCGAUGAAACAUUGGUGCACUCGUCGAUGGAACCACCUCUCCGGGUUAAUGUCGACUUCAUGAUGAGGAUAAAGAUCGAAGGAGUCGUCACACCGAUGUAUGUGGUGAAACGACCAGGAGUUACCGAGUUUCUUGACAGGAUCGGUAAGAAUUACCGAGUGGCGGUUUUCACAGCCGGUUUGCCCGAAUAUGCUUCACAGGUUUUGGAUAAACUCGACAAGAACCGUGUGAUCUCGCAGCGGCUGUAUAGAGAUUCAUGCACGGAAGUGAAUGGGAGAUAUGCCAAAGACUUAUCAUUGGUGGCGAGGAGAGACCUCGGCAGUGUUUUGCUUGUUGAUGAUAACCCUUUCUCCUACUCAUUGCAACCUGACAAUGGAGUUCACAUUAAGCCUUUUGUGGAUGACAUGGAAGAUCAAGAACUCAUGAAGCUUGCUGACUUCUUCGAUGGAUGUUAUCAGUACGAAGAUCUAAGGGAUGCUGCAUCAGAACUUCUAUACAAGUACAACAAAGUGAUUUGCUGA